AUGUCUCGUUCUGCAGCAGCCAUCGAGCGCACAAUCUGGUGUGCAAUGUCGUUUCCUGCGCCACCAAUGGAGAAGCAGACGUAUAUUAGAGUCCACGAUGGCUUUCUUGGAUCAAGGCUAGUUGGAGUACUCCUCAGUCAAGGACACAGUGUCACUGUGCUUGAUAAUCAUUGGACGAGCUUGCAAUUCAGUUUGAAUGACUUCAAAGACGAUCCAGCAUUGACCAUCAUCCAGUCAGUCAUUGAGUCUUGUGAUCAGAUCUAUCACCUCGCCUGUCCGGCUAGCCCGGUGCACUUCGCGACACAUGCUCUAAAGAUCCUUGACACCUGCUACCUUGGAACACGGAAUGUGCUAGAGAAAGCGCGGCUAUGGAAUGCGCGCGUGCUACUUGCCAGCACAUCUGAGGUCUACGGGCAAGCAGAACGUGAUCCCCAGGACGAAGGUUAUUUUGGAAACGUCAACUGCUUUGGCCCACGAUCUUGCUAUGAUGAAGGCAAACGAGUUGCCGAGUCCCUUGCAUACGCAUAUCAACAGCAGUACCCGGGCGCACUGGAGAUCCGUGUGGCCAGAAUUUUCAAUGCGUAUGGCCCAGGUAUGCAUGCAAGAGAUGGGCGAGUGGUGUGCAGUUUCGUUGAUGCGGCACUUCGGCAAGCAGAAAUUUGGAUCAAUGGAGAUGGCCAGUCGACUCGUUGCUUUCAGUAUGUUGAUGAUUGUGUUGCCGGACUCCAGAGCUUGAUGCAAAGCUCAUGGCAAGGCGGUCCAGUCAAUAUUGGAAGGGAACAAGCCACUACGAUUGCCGAGCUUGCACAAAUCAUCAACAGCCUUGUUUCAGCAAGCACACGUUGUCCAGAGGCCAGGAUUGUUCAUGGACCGGCUUUGCCUGAUGAGCCGAUGCAGAGAAGACCGGAUUGCACGCUUGCCAGGAAUGUGCUUGGAUGGGAGGCAAGAACAAGUUUGCAAGAAGGCCUACGAAGGACGAUUGAAUGGCAUGUAGAUCUUUAG